AUGCCUCUCGACAUCAACUCGUUACUCAACCCCGAGAAGGCCGUCAACCGGGAGACGGAGGCUCUUAUGAUGUUCACCGGAGUAUUUGACGAAUUCAGAAAGACGUUUCCGCGGCACAGUCAGAAGGAAGGCGAACUGGCGUACAUGGCAGACGUCACGAUGCAUGUUUUCGACGCCUUCAAGAAGUUUACCGACGACUACCUGACGAAGGAGCGCUUGGAAUCGACAGGCCACAAUCUCGUAGACCAGGCCUACCGCGCCAAUGGGUUCAACGACAUGGGCAUUCUGGAAUUCGCAAAAACUCAACACAAAAUGCUAAAGAUCGAGCUCGACAACAGGAUUCUCUGCGGUGGGCUCUCAGGCAUCAUUUUCUGA